AUGAGCAGGAGCGAAACCAGGUCAUUCGCAUCCGUAGCAGUCGAGACAAGUGAUCGUAUCGCUAGAAAAAAAGCUUCGCCAUCAAACACUCUGCGCGAUCGGCAACGAGCAAACAAACACGAGCGGAAAACGUACCUCUGCACGUUCUCGACGCAGCAAGUCUUGCACACCACCCUUCCGCACCCAGGCAAUACGCCGAGCCCCGCGCCCGACGCUUCCUCAUCCCCAGCAGCGCCGUCCGCGCGUGCCUCCGCCUCGCGUUCGCCUCGAAACUUUCUCCUGCGCCCGCGACUCUCCGUCGCCCUCGCCGCGGUACCAUCCGCGCCCGGCGGCGCCUCGUGGGCUUCAUCCGCACCAGCUCCGGGAAAGGCGGCCGAGACCCGCGUCGGCGAAGGUAACGCGGUGGCGGGGGGCGUCGGCGAGUACGUGAGGCCCGGCGUCGGCGGGUCGGAGAGCGGCAAACCCGUGCACGUCCGCGAGCAGACGGUGCACACCGAACGCCUGCAGCUGACCCAUAGCCCGCUGAAAACUCACAUCGCGCACGCUACGACUUGGCCGGGCCGUCCGACGACGUGGCGCUGGCACGACGCGCACUGGGUGGCGUCACGAACGACGACCCCGGGAUGCACGUUCGGGUUCGAGUUCGAUGGGGACGACGACGUCGAUCGGACGUCAGAGCCGGUCCGGUGCGAAGUGGCGUGCCCGGCGAGAUCGAGCGUCAGCCUCCGUCUCUUGAGUGGCGGCUUGCGGUACCACGCACCACUCUGCAUGUAUGCGUCUACAAAACCGCUCGAGUCGCUCGCAGACCGGCGAUAA